AUGGACGACCAUGGAGAUUUCGACAGCGUUUCAUGGCAAAGAGAAGAUCCCCAGCAAGCUGAAUCGUCCGCACCUUUUUCUCACCAGUCCAACCUACCAAGUAGGCCUGCUGGCACGCGGCGAAGUGACAGCAUAUCCAGUGAACCACAGGCCGGAGAGCAAGCAGAUGGUGUCGAUCUCGCUGGAAUUGGCCGUGAUGGCAGUCUUGAAGUCACAGUUGAUUCCCCUUUGAAAGAGAAUGACGGAACCAAGGACGCCUAUGUCUCUUAUCUUGUUACCACACAUACAGACUUCAAAUCAUUUCAGAAAUCGGACUUUUCGGUUCGACGUCGUUUCACGGAUUUUGUCUUUCUCAGACAAACGUUACACAAAGACUAUCAAGCUUGCGCCAUUCCUCCAUUGCCUGAGAAGAAUAACAUGGCCUAUGUGAGAGGAGAUCGCUUCAGUAAUGAAUUCACACAGCGCCGUGCCUGGUCUCUCCACCGCUUCAUCAAAAGAUGCUCAUUGCAUCCCGUCCUGCGCAGAGCCCCAAUCCUGAUUUUGUUCCUCGAGACAGCCGAUUGGAAUGCACAGAUGCGAUUGAGGCCGUCUCGGAGCAACACCGUAGGAGAGACUGCUGCCAAUCCAGCUGCACCCAGUGGUUUCUUUGAUAAUGUCGCAGACACCAUGCUGAAUGCAUUUUCCAAAGUUCACAAGCCUGAUAAGAGAUUCAUCGAAGUUACUGAGAGAGCAAAUAAACUUGACGAAGAUCUUUCUCAUGUGGAAAAGAUCAUCGCGCGAGUUGCAAGACGCGAAGGUGAUCUAGAAACCGAUUAUGCCGAUCUUGCCAACAACAUGAGAAAGCUCACACCCCUGGAACCCGCGAUUGAAGCACAAUUACAAACCUUUGCUGGCUGUGUUGAAGAGUCUUCUCGCGGCUGGAAGGGACUGAAAGACCACACAGACCAGAACUAUCUUGGCAGCUUACGAGACAUGGAGGCCUAUAUUGGCUCAGUCAAAUCAUUAUUGAAGACGAGGGAGCAGAAACAACUCGAUUUUGAAGGUCUCACGGAGUAUCUCUCUAAGGCAACUGCUGAACGAGAUAUGUUGGCAUCAAGUAACCCAUAUUCACAUGGAUCGGCUUUGAAUCCGGCCAAUUUUAUCCGGAACAAGGUUGAAGAUAUCAGAGGAGUUGAUCAUGAAACAGCACGAAGAGAACGAGCACGAAAACUUGAGCUCAAGAUUGCCGAGCUGAAUCGUGAAGUCGACAGUGCCAAAGGCACCAGUGAGAUGUUUGAUGAGCAGGUUGUACGUGAGGUAUCUGAUUUCGAGAGAAUCAAAGGUAUUGAAUUCCGAGACAGUCUGGGAGCGCUUGCCUCACAACAUAUGGAAUUUUAUCAGUCCGUGAUUUCUACAUGGGAACGGUUCCUUGUCGAUAUGGACGCCGAUAAUCAGGUGCAUAAGGAUAAAGGCCGGGCGUCAACCUGA